UAAUGAUAUCCACUUUGUGUCAUAAUUUGCUAUCCAUUAAAAUAUAAAUUUUAUCUAUAACUAUAUCAAAAUAUAUAUUAAAAGUCUGAUCAAAUGUUAAUUUAAUUUAUGUUAUUUUAUGAUAUAAUAUAAUUUAAUUAAAAUAAUAUAAAGAAAAUAUUUAUUUUAAUAUACAAAUUUAUUUUUAUAAUAUAAAAAUGGAAUUAGAAAUUAUAUCGAAUAUAUUUUUGCAUUUUUUAAAUUAAAAGUAAUAAAAUUUCUAAUUUACAAAUAUUUAAAUAUUUUUCAUUAAAAAUACAAUAAAUUAUGCAAAAUAUAUGAAAAAGUAUAUUAUAAAUAAUUUUUAAUUUUUAAUUUGGAUAUUUAUAUAUAAUUAAAAUAAAAAAUAUAAAUACAAAUGUGUAAAAUAGAAAAUAUGUCAUAUAUAUUAUAAAAAUUAUUUUUGAGGCUAUAUUAUUGGCAUUAAAUUAAAAAAUAAAAAAUAAGAAGUUUUGAUUGUGAAAAUAAAAUUAUAAAUUAUAAAAAUUUGCUGAAUGAUUCAUAUACUCAAACAAUAUGAUUAUUAUAAAGAUAUAUUAAAUUUUAUUAAUUAAAAAAGAAUGUUGAAUUAAAUAAAUAUUUCAAAAAAUGGUUUUAGAAACUGGAAUAUUAUCAAAAUUUUUAUAUAUUGCAAUUGUAGUUACAACAUAUUGGAUAAUUUCUAUAUUAACAAUAUUUAUAAAUAAAGUUCUUUUAUCCAGUCAUACUAUAAAUUUAGAUGCACCUCUUUUUAUAACAUGGUGUCAAUGCAUAAUAUCUUUAAAUAUUUGUAUAAUUCUUAGUAAUUUAUCAAAAUGGUUUCCAAGAUAUAUUAAAUUUCCUAGUGGAAAUCCAUAUACUAGAGAAACUAUUAAGAAAAUACUUCCAUUGUCUCUUCUUUUUAUUGGAAUGAUUGCAACAAACAAUUUGUGUUUAAAAUAUGUUGAUGUUGCAUUUUAUUACAUAGGUCGUUCAUUAACAACUGUAUUUAAUGUUAUUUUUACAUAUUUUAUGUUAGGUCAAAAAACUUCUACAAAUUGUAUUGCAUGUUGUGCAUUUAUUGUUAUUGGAUUUUGGCUUGGUGUAGACCAAGAACAUAUUGCUGGUUCUUUAUCUGUUCUAGGAACAAUUUUUGGCGUAUUAGGAUCAUUAACUCUUUCUUUGUAUUCUAUUCAUAUGAAACAAGUUCUUCCUACAUUAAAUCAAGAUAUUUGGUUAUUGUCUUAUUAUAAUAAUGCAUAUAGUAUUAUUAUAUUUCUUCCAUUAAUAAUAAUUAAUGGAGAACAUAUUACAGUAUACAAUUAUGAUAAAAUUGGAUCUUUUUAUUUUUGGUUAGUUAUGAUUAUUGGUGGUAUUUGUGGAUUUGCUAUUGGUUAUGCUACAGCACUUCAAAUAAAAGUUACAUCUCCUUUAACUCACAAUAUUAGUGGAACUGCUAAAGCUUGUGUACAAACAAUUUUAGCAACUUAUUGGUUUAAUGAAGAAAAAUCAUUUAUGUGGUGGAUAAGUAAUUUUAUUGUGCUUAGUGCUAGUGCAAUGUAUGCUAAAUUAAGACAACUUGAUUUAAGUAAAAAAUAUAAAGAAGAAAAGCAACAAUUGCAAAUAUGUAAAAUGUAAAUGAAAUAAAAACAUUUCAAUAUAUUAGAAAACUUGCGCGCGCGCGCGCGCGCGCACACACACACACACACACACACACACAAUAAAUAUAUCAAAAUUAUAUUAAUUAGUUUUAAACAUUUCAUAUUGAUAUCAAAAUAUAAAUAAGAUAUUAAAAUUUUAUUGUAUAUUUUAAUUAUAUAUUGCUUUUUAUAUAAAUAUAAAUUUAUAUAUAAUUUUAUAUAUUUUAUAUAUAUAAAUAAAAGAAUUAUUUUAAUAAAAAAAAA